UGCAAGCUUAUUGUUAGGAAAGCCAGGGGACUGUUAACCAAAGAGACCGAAACAUUCAGAGUCCUUUACGCACCGGCGGAGACAAUAGCGGAUUCCAACAUAUGCAUGUCGCUAUAACGGCGGGUUGUAUAGACGUACUGCUACCCCACUGGAGGAAAUCAAAGGCUGUACAUGGCGGUGGAGAGUACAAUUUGGCUGUUCUGUCUUCUUUCGCUAUUUUGUGGUCCAUCCAAGCAAGAAAAGCCUGUUUCGGUGGAGCUGAGCUGCGGUGCAGGACCUAGCCAUGUUGUGUUGGAGCCAGGUUUGCCCCUCUUGCUGGACUGCAACCUUGGGGCCAGCGAAGCAGCUUUCAAUAUCACCUGGCUUCAGGAUGGCCAGCCUCUGCCUCGUGAGGGGGGUGACUUCCUGCAGUAUUUGGCCAACGGAUCCCUCCUCGUGCUGCCGACUUCUAAGGAUGGCCGGUCUCCCCAGGGUGUGGAGGGGGGCUACAGCUGUGUGAGUGCCAGCGUCCUUGGAGCCCUGACCAGCCGGACUGUAAAUGUUCUCCUUGCAAGUCUGUCUAAGUUCCAUCAGCAGCCAUCACCCCAAACAGUGCCCGCUGGGGGGAACGCUCGCUUCGAGUGCCAGAUUGAGGGAGUACCCACACCUUUUAUUACCUGGGAAAAGGACACAGUGGCAGUCCCCGAGGAGACAAGGUUAAUUUCCCUUCUUAACGGGGUGCUCCAGAUUCUGGAGGUGACCAAGGAGGAUGAGGGUGCUUACCGCUGUGUCGUGUCCAACUCCGCCAGGAAGGACAUCAGUCAUGAAGCCCGGCUCACUGUCACCACAGGCUCUACUGAAGUCCUGAACGGAGUUGCGAUUGUUGCACCGCCUCAGAAUGCAACAGUCGUGCUCGGCCGUCCUGCUGUGAUGGAGUGUAUGGCACAGGGCCAGCCGAAGCCUCUGGUGUCCUGGAGCAGACAAGAUGGAAAGCCCAUUUCCACUGAUGUGGUUGUCCUCGCAACAAACCUGGUGAUUAGAGACACAAGGCCUCUCCAUGCCGGCGUCUACGUCUGCCGCGCCAACAAGCCCAAGACCAGAGAAUUUGUGAUUGCUGCUGCUGAGCUGCAUGUGCCUGCCCCUCCAGUGAUUCUCCAGCCCCCAGAGACAGCGUCCCUCUCCCGGGGAAACACAGCCAGAUUUGUGUGCAACAGCUCUGGGGAACCUCCUCCAGUGUUGCACUGGCUUAAGGACGGUCAUCCCAUUAAGUCAUUCAGACGAGUGAAGACCCAAAGCCCUGGAGUCCUCCUCAUCAACCAGCUGGCACUGGAGGAUGAGGGCUACUACCAGUGCAUCGCAGACAACGGGCUUGGCACGGCCUGCGCCACUGCCAAGCUGACGGUCAUUGUGAGGGAAGGUCUGCCCAGCUCUCCUCGCCACUUGUCUGCUACGCCGUACUCCAGCACAACUGCCCUGCUCAUCUGGGAGAAACCUGAGUACAACUCGGACCAAAUCAUCGGCUACUCUGUGCACUGCCAACGCGCCGCAGGCUCAGAUAAUGUGGAGUACCAGUAUGCGAUGAAUAACGACACAACAGAGUAUCACGUCAAAGAGCUUCUCGCCCAUACUGCUUACACAUUCUUUGUGGUGGCUUACUCUCCCAUGGGUGCCAGUCGCCCAUCCCUGCCUGUUACGGUGGAGAUGCUGGAGGACGUGCCAAGUGUACCUCCUCAGCUGUCUAUAGCCAGCACCUCCCCCACAGACAUCAGGCUGAUGUGGCAUCCAUUGUCCUCGCAGCUCAGUCGAGGAGCUGUUACCAGCUACCGCAUUGAGUACAGCACUGUGGAUCAGGUGGACUCGGUGUUCUCAGUGGAAGUGGGGGGUAAUGAGACUCAGUUCACACUAAGAGAGCUGCAGCCCAACCAUGCCUACCGACUGAGGAUAGCAGCUGGGACAGAGGUCGGCUUUGGGGUUCCCUCCGAGUGGGCCCAGCACCAAACCUUAGCCCACUUCAACCACAGCGACCACAGCAUGGUGAUCUUUGCCCCCACCGAGCUGAAAGUCAGAGCCCGAGUGAACACACUCAAUGUGACAUGGCAUCCCACGCCCAAUCACACGCUCGUCUCUGGUUACAAGCUGUCCUGUAGGGAGGUGGAGGCUGACGAAUCAGCCAAUGGAGAAAGGACAACACAGACGCACACCAUCAGGCUCCGUAAGAAGGCCAGGUAUCAUCUCCUCACUGGGCUGCUCCCUGACAGGCAGUACGAGGUGAGAGUUUGGGCAUUCAACAAGCAGAUAGAUGGAGCAGCUGCUAUGUGGAAUGGAAGGACAGACAAGGCCCAUGACAGAACAUCGUUGCCGCCAAUGCGCCCCCCUCCGUUGCCCCCAAGCAGCAUCCAAGCCAUGGCCAACAGCUCUACCUCCAUCUGGCUGCGCUGGGAGAAACCACGGUUCAGCAACGUACGCAUCAUCAACUACACAGUGCGCUGCAGCCCAGCGGGCACCACCAACGCCUCCCUGGUCUCCUAUUACACCAGCUCUGCUCAGGAGAUACAGCUCGGGGCGCUGAGGCCCUUCACACGUUAUGAGCUGGCGGUGCAGUCUAAUGGAGUGGACGUGGUGGGACCUUUCAGCGGCACAGUGGAAGAGUCCACCCUGUCUGACCGACCCUCCACACCUCCUGAGGAGCUGCAGCUGAGUGCUCUAGACUCCUCUUCUGUGCUGGCGAGCUGGCGCCCUCCACUGGAGCCUAACGGUAUCAUCAUCAGCUACAGGAUCUUGUUCAGUGGCAACCUCAGCCAGCCUGAGCACUUGUGGGAAAUCCUCUCUCAGGAGGGGAGCAUUACCAGUGUGGAGGUCCAGGGUUUGUCCAGUGGUACCCGUUACUUUUUUAAACUGGGAGCAUCUACUGAGAUGGGAUCAGGGCCUUAUUCACCAAUAAAGGAUGUUCACACCCCCCUUCAGAAGUAUGAGCUGGACAUCCACGCAGUGACAGGCAUCAUAGUCGGUGUGUGUCUGGGACUGAUAUGCAUCCUCCUCUGCAUGUGUUUCAGCUUUCGUAAUGGAAAAUCCAGGGAGGUGUCUGGGGUCCUGGACUCCACAGCUGUGACCCUUCAGUACAGGCGAGGAGGUUGCCUCGUUUCCACCAACGUGCCAGAGUGCAGCGAUAGCCACGAGCUGGAGACACUGAUGCCCUCAGGCAGCCAAGAGUCUGGUCAGCCGCUAGAAGAGGCCACAGAGGAGCAGAGCCUGAUGGCAAGUGCUAAUCCAGGGGAAGGGGAGGAUGCCCCUGCACCUGAACUCAAGGCUGCUUGGAAUGGCUCUGUGAGUCAUAACUGGGCCAACAGAAUCACUAGAUACAGAGACACCAUAACAGAAGACUCUCCAACACUCAUUAAUGGAGCUCUCAACAUGCUAAUUACUGAUAACGGCACGGACUUAGAAGAUCGUCUGUGUAUAUCUGUGUGCAGCAACCAGGUGGAGGCAGAAGUCAUCGUUCACUCAGAGCUCUCAGAGCCAGGGAGGGAGAAAGAGGAGGAGGGCAGCGAAAGGGAGAAGGAUUCUAACACCACCAGAGGACCCUCAUUAUCAGAGGACAGAUAUUCCCCUUUGAGUCAGCCAAGCCCACCAGGAGAGAGGGACGCUCUCAAAAAACUAUCACUGGCCCAAAGCCCCUCGAGUCUUCCCUUGAUAAAGUUGGUGGCUAAUCACAACGGGGAGCGACAAGGCACGGGAGACCAGCCAAGCGCAGGCAUAGAGCCACAGCAGGGCAUAAGGCUAACCAAUGGCUUCCACUCCCCAAAGACCGUGCGUUCUGUGCUGAGGUCAGAGCAUCUGGAGAACGGGGACUCUAGACACUGCCACUCGGCACCAGGAAAGGCCAUCUCUACCGGGCUGUCCCCUGCCCCCUUUGUCAGCUCCGGCCUUGUCCACUCUACCUCAGCAGCACACAGUUACCUGUGCCCGUAGCCCCUGCAUGUAGGGCGUCGAUCCUUACAUUCACACACAGACAUCAGACUGAUGUUCCUUCGUUCACGUACCCAGGAAGAAUCCCCAAGGAUUAUUUUUAUGCACCUCAUUGUUGGAUUCCUUUCUCUUCUCUUUAAAGUUUUAUAGGUACUUUGAAUCCAUUGUUUCACACGCGUGUAUAUACAGUAUACAUAUACAGUAUAUUUUUAGUGGUAGAGUGCUGUAUAUGGGUAUGCAUUCUCUAGAAUUGCAACCAUAUUUUCCUCUGGGUUUUUCUUUCUUCCUGUCUUUAGGAAAGAAAAGAAAGAUUUAACUUAACCAAGCAGGUGGAAGUGGAUUGAAGGAGGCUAUUCCCACUGUGUCGCACAUGGCUUUGUUCCACUCAGGAAUGAGAAAGCCUGGAAUGUUCUGUGAGUGGGGAGACAGGCUAUCAUCAUGGAUGGGAGGAACGGAAAUGCAGACGAUAGGUCUCCCUGGGCUUUGUCGUGCGGAUGCUUUACCGUGGCACUGAGGAUUAAGCCUUAAAGAAUAUCUGCACACUCUGAGAGUGCAGAGCACUUGUGUCUCUCUCCAGCCUCCUGCUGUCUCAGGGUCCACACACACACACACACACACACACACACACACACACACACACACACACACACACACACACACACACACACACACACACACACACACAUACAUAGAAAGCUAAAGUACAGCUGAUUCUAUGGUAUCUCGCAUUAACUCAAACAGUCACCCAUAAACACACAUUUACACACAUUUCCUGACUGGUGUGUGCGGGUCUCAGGUGCCUAAUUAUUGUAGGUGCAUUUAUAACCUCUGUAUAUUUCUAUAGAUGAUUCUAUUCAGUACAAGUACAAAACACCUGUCGACAUGAAGGAAAAGGACACUCAAAAUGUAGAUAUGGAGUAUACAGAUUCGGUACACAUGAAGUAUUCUUUUCCAAAAUGCCAUUUAUCCACGUGAUGUGAUUUUGUAAACGAGGGACACUCAGUUGAAAAGUAAAAAGUGUUUGUUGCUGUAUUUCAGAUGGUGGAUAUUUCAUUUUGAAAUCAAAGUAUUUACAUGUUCGUGUUGGUUUCAUUAUGUUGGUGGGAGGAGAACUAGAGAAGAUGUUAAAACAACCCAUCUCAUUUGGCUCACAAUUAGGGAUGCACCAAUGUGAUACUGUGCCAUUAGUUGUCUUUUAAACUUGGUAUAAUAAUUUUCUAAUGUGAAACUCUUGCCAUGUUUUUAAUUCAACUCUACAAGCGUGUCUGAAUCCAGUUGUAUGAGAACAUUUCCACAAUGCUUUACUCUGCUUCAGUACUAGAAAUCAGUUGAUACAUUUCUGCUUUUAUCAUACAAAAAAGGAGUUUGGUGAGAAAAAAAUAAAUAAAUGUGUCGCAAUUUUCUUUACAUCGACCCCACACAUUGACUGAUUUGUGAAGCUGAGUGAGUCAGCGUUGGUUUCGGCUGGUGCAUCCCUACUCCUUAUCAACAACACUACCUCAUUUCUUUUCGGGACGGUUUCCUGCGUGGUUCUAUUAGUUUUAUGUAACUAGCACCUUUUUAAGAUAUUUUUCUUAACUUGUCUGAUUUUACAGCCUUUUGGUAUUUGAAAUAAUCGUCCGACACUGACUGUACAUUCUUGUGUUAUGUCAAAGGAAUUGAUGUCGCUUUAGUGCAUUGCAGCUUCCUCUCAGAUCUGUGAAAGAUUGUGUCACAUGUUACUUUUAAAUCCCUACAGAAAACUCAAAAACCCUGUGUCUUUGAUACGAAGCACCUGAAACUAAGGAAAGUAAAAGCUCCUGCAAUUUGACCCUCGUGCCACCUGCUCGCUAGCUAUAAGUAUUCACCCACUAGCCCUGAAAGUAGUCCCUAUAUCACCAAGCUCCACCUAUUUAGCAUGGACGAGUGAAUGUCAUCUUGUGGUGCGGCCCCGGCUUUACACUUUAACAUUCUUUGCCUGUAGAAGGCGAUAAUUGACUCGUCUUCACAGAUGAGAAAGCGUGAGUUUGCUGAUUCCACGAGGUGCUUCACAUCAAAUAAGACUAUUUUAAAGUUGCUAACACUAUACUUAAGAUAAUUUUAUUUGUGGUGGAAGGAAAGGACGAGGUCUUCUAUGUAUCAGCAAGGUUGCCAAGAUUGUAUCCAGUCAAAGAUUGACAGAAAGAGGCAGAGCAUUGAGCCCAGCCCUGUUGGACAUGAUGCCUCAUCUUCUCUCAGGUGGAUGAACCUCUCCUGUUUUUACUCAUGUCCAUGUGUCAAAAUCUUACCAGCUCAACUCAAUCACAUCAGCAACAGAAAUGUAAAUGGUUCUCUGACAUGGCAGACACCCUGUACAUGUUUCUCACCAACAUAAUUCAGUUUUCUCUAAAAACGUAUAUAGUUCUUGAUAUUUCGAACACAAUGCAUGGUUGGUACCUCAAAGAGAAUUAUUUUUUUAGCCUUACCAUGUAUGUAAUUAACAUCAACACAAGAUUAAUAUGUUUGUUUUUUUGCUGCAGUAGCAGUCAUACAGGGACAAGUGAAUGUUAUCUUAGCAAACCUGGGUCAAACAUUAAUUGCAAGAUCUUUUGGAGGAGUGAGUGGGGUUUGCCACAUCAGGAGAUGAAAUGUUUAUUAAAUACCUUCCUAUCAGACUUAAAAUAUGUACCGCACUGAUUUUACUGUGAUAUUUGGCAAACCACACUCAAAUGGCACAUAAGGAGCAAGUCAACAGCCAGCUCACCUGUGGCAGGAAACUGCCUCUGCACUGCUCAACUCAUCAAUCUAAAGUGACGUGUUUUACUUGUGGCCCCGUUCCAAUUAGUGAUGCCAGAGCAGGUUUCUAUCAGCUGUUAAAAGUACAACACCUGCUGUGACAUCAUUGAUUUGGGUGACGAUUUAAAUGUAUAAGAAGCAGUGCAGCCGCCCUGUGGUUUGAUUAUCAUUUGCCCUUUAUAUGCAGAACGCAAACCACCAAAACUGUGUGUAUAUUUUUGAUCCAGGUUCUGAUUCUAUAUUGAUGCUGUUUCUCAUCAUCCUAAAAAGCCUGUAUGUCCAGAAAGCAUAGCAUCCUAAAAAAUCAUUCCAGUUUGAUACCUUCAACAUACCUGUCUCAGUCCAGAGGAGAAGUGCUACAGAGCUCUGCUUUGAUAGGUUUCAUGCAGACCUGGGUUCAGUUCUCCCUUUCUACCAUUGAAUCACAGCCAUUCAGAUAGUGUUUCAAGU